UGCGAGUCGUUUGUCAGUCGAAUGCGAAGCGUCGUCGUGAGCAGGUUGGAAAAGCGAGCGGGAAAAUUCAUGCUGCCCUUCGCUGUCCGGGAAAAACCAUGUGCGUUGGUUGAAUAGUGCAAGUGGAAAGCGCAAAAGCGAUCAACUGAAUCGAAAGUUGUGUGUUUUCAAGUGAAAAAUUUAUAGUGAAAUUGUUUGUUGAAUUUGUUGUAAGCUGAACACGGUGCCCUCUGCAAUCAGAGAUUCCGUUGGAAUAGUCUAAAUCGAAAACGAAGAAAAGUUGUGCACUGCAGGUCAAUUAAGCAGUGAAAACUUCGUGUAAUUAAAACCGUACGGUUCAGAGUUGAAAACAGUGCAAUAGACCCCGAGAUAAGCGACCAAGCAUAAGCAAACAGUGAAGGAGUGCAGUUUCAGUCGUUUGGAUGUAAUUUACUCAAAUUCUACUAUUGCAUGUCAAAGCAUUCCCGCCAUCACGAGGGGCGAACGUUAAGCUUAAAUUGAUUAUAGCACAAAAAGUUACUCAUGGUACGGUUCGGAAUAUACGUAGUGUGUUCGACAGCUUAUACGAAAAGGAUUUAAAUUGUCCGGCGACGACGGUUGCAACCUGUUCCUGUUGGAUAGCUUGAAGAACUUUUUCGUAGCUCAGUCCAUCGAAAACGAGCGCUCAAUUGUGAACUGCCUCAAGGACGCCCCUACGCAUGACCAGUGACCACGCCAAGCCAGAUCCAGAAGGCAAUUCAACUCUGGAAAGAAGGUUAACCAGAACACGGCAAAGGGUUUGUUUGCUACUGCUGCGCUUUUAAAACUUGACGUCCAGUAGCAAAACAUCUAAGACGCCGUUGUUAGGGCAAUAAUUUGUACAACCACAAAAGUCACCCUGCAAGGAAUUACAUCAGUAUUUUCGUCGACUACAUGUUUAGUUAACCGCAAAAGAAAUAAUCCUCCCAAGUGAAAAAUUGAAGCACAGCAAAUCUGUAGUUACAACUCUGUGAAACCGAAAAAGCCACGACCGGAUUAAACUGAUUUGGUGUGGUUUGAAUAAAGAGUAAGACUGUGCAGCACGAGUAACAAGACAAAUCACGCUAAUAAAACUGAAUCGUCGUACUCUGUCAAAUAAGAGCUAAACGACGACCACUGUGGUUCACUGAGCACAAAGUGGAAUCCAACUCGAACUCGAGGGGAAGAUAUUCUACAGAAAACUGCGGUCGAGAGACUGUGGCCGCCCAUCAUUGCUGGAACUCGAUAUUAUAAUAAAAACACAUCACAACCAUGCGGAUUAGCCGGCACGUUGAUGUCAGUAAAACCGUCUUUCACGUGGCAUUUGUCGCCAUGGCAGUGUCCGUAGCACAGGUCACCACCGAGGACUGCGGCCAGGAGGAACUUGUCCAGUGUACCAAACCGCUACAGGUGCUCUCCGCUACCUCAGAGCUCUCGUUCGUCACGAAAAAGGAGGAACUGGAUAAACUUUGCCCUGACCUUCACGCGGGGCUUCAUUGUAUACGGAGCUACACGCGACGCUGCAUGAACAUCCACCAGCGGGAGCACUUCAACAAGCUGUAUCACGGAACCCACGAGGUCAUCCACGAGCUGUGCCAGGAAGGACCCUAUCAGGAAGACUUUCUUAGACAUGCACCCUGCAUGAGGCACGUCAAGAAGGACUACGAAGUGUGUGCGGUCAGCUAUCAGAGCACAAUGGCCAAGAUUGGACAGACGGUGGCACAUUCCACGGUGAGGCCCCCGGUGCAACUGACGACACCCAGUGCGGCCAUGUCUCUUUCGGCAGACAACGUACAGCACCAGCAUCAUCACCACCGACAGCAACAUCAGCAUAGCAGCAGCAACGGCAGCAACAACAACGACACCAAAACUGCUGAGGAUGCGGAAGAGGAACGACUGAAAACUGUUUGCUGUGCAUUUCAUAAGUACAUGCAGUGUUCCGAGUUCACGGUCCGUCACGCGUGUGGAGACGAAACCGCGCUUUUCACCCGAAAAUUCCUCGACAAAAUGUCCAACAAACUGAUGACGAUGCACUGCGUUGAUUAUACACCGGGAAGCGGAAAAUGCCGGGAUUAUUUCAGCUCCCACUCAACACGUGUCCAGCACCGUGGGAUACUCACUUGGAUGGUCACCCUAACUGGACUGCUGCUCGCCCUAACUAGCCGGCUGGUCAACUCGAGCGCACUAAUUUAAUCGGCGGCCCGCACGUGGACUGUCGAAUUCUCUCCAGGGGGAUUCAUGGUGCACUAAAGCUGCGAGCAGCUAUCAGCAGCAGAAACGAACAAAAAAGCUCUAUAUAUUGGAACAUAUAUUGCUAUUAUAGGGAAAUCUAGUGUUCUGCCGGAACCUAUUUUGUGAUCGACGAUGACGCGAGCGCGAAUCUAAGCGUGAAUGGGAAACCUACGAGUGUGAAACCGUGUGAAAUAGUGGAAUGGGACAUGAAUAAAUUAAAAACUUAAAACAGAA